GUCGUGUAAAUAUAUUCUUGAACUGUUACAAAUUUGCGCUUCUCUAAAGAGCUUAAUUCAGUUUACACUUAAAAUUAAGUUUCAACAACAGCUGAAAAAGCAACUACCAUGAAUUCCCUCCUUCAUCAAAUUUCAAAAAAGCCCAAAAAACCAAUUUAUUCUGGAAAAUUUAUUACCUCCAUUGCUGCGUUGAACAACCCAUCAAAUUCUGUUGCCAACGUUGACGCGUUUCCCAAUAAUUAUAUCGACCCUUAUCAGAUUUUAGCCUCAUGGAAAAAAUCCAAGUUGAUUUCAAUCAAGAAUGUCAAAACUAUACAUACCCAUUUGAUAAAAUCAGCUAAUUUUCACUCUGAUCUCUUUCUUAUAAACAGUUUAAUUGAUUGGUAUUUGAAAUUUUCAUCUAUUGAUGAUGCAGUCCAACUGUUUGAUCAAAUGCCUAGCCCAAAUUCCAUAUCUUGGAAUGUUGUUAUUUCUGGUCAUAAUAACAACUCAUUAUAUGAUGAUGCUUGGAGAUAUUUCUGCCGUAUGAGGUAUAUGGGUUAUGGCAGUAAUCAGUUUACUUAUGGGAGUGUUAUCUCUGCUUGUAGUGGUUUAGGGUCUUUGUUGUAUGGUAAGAUGGUUUAUUCAUUGACACUAAAAGAUGGGUUCUUUUCCAAUGGGUAUGUUCGUUCUGGAAUGAUUGAUCUCUUUGCGAAAAAUGGUCGUGUUGAGGAUGCUUUUCGGCUCUUUUACGAUUGGCCUUAUGAAGAAAAUGUGGUUUGUUGGAAUAGCAUGAUAAGUGGGGGUGUGAAAAAUGGGGAUCAUGGAAGGGCUAUCGAGCUCUUUAAUCAAAUGCGUCAGUGUGCUGUGAUUCCUAAUAGUUUUACGUUCUCUGGUGUUUUAGGUGCUUGUAUUGCACUUGAAGAUGAUGAUAUGGGAAAGAAGAUUCAUGGAUUGGUGAUUAAACAUGGUGCAGGAGAAGAUGUCUUUGUAGGAACUAGUAUUAGUGAUUUGUAUUCUAAAUGUGGACAUAUGGAUGAGGCUGUCAAAAACUUCUUUAGAAUGCCGGUGCAAAAUGUGGUCUCGUGGACUGCUAUGAUUUCUGGUUAUGUGCAAAAGGAUGAUGUUGUUUCGGCUCUUGGGCUACUUAGGGAAAUGAGGAAAGUUGGGGUUGAGGUAAAUAGAUAUACUCUCACUAGCAUACUCAGUGCAUGUGCCAAGUCAAACAUGGUUGACGUAGCUAUGCAAAUGCAUUCAUGGAUUAUUAAAUCUGGGUUGGUUGCGGAUUCAGUGGUGGCGGCUUCUCUGAUUAGUACAUAUUCCAAAGUCGGAGAAAUUCUUUUAUCUGAAUUUUUGUAUCUAGAACAGGAUGCCUGUGACAAUCAAGGUGUGUGGACUGUCAUGAUAUCUUCUUUUGCUCAAAAUAAGAAUAUGGAGAAAGCAAUGAAAUUGUUCUGCAAAAUGUUACUGAAUGGUAUGAAACCAGACAAUUUCUCCAUUUCUAGUAUUUUGAGCAUCAUAGACUGUCUCUACAUGGGGAGACAGAUUCAUUCCUACACGCUUAAAACUGGAUUAGUCUUUGAUCUUUCCGUAGGUAGCUCACUCUUUACUAUGUACUCAAAAUGCGAUCGUUUGCUUGAAUCUUAUGAAAUUUUCCUAGAGCUUCCUGUUAAAGACAUUGUUUCAUGGGCCUCAAUGAUUUAUGGUUUUGUUGAACAUGGAUAUUCUCAUAAAGCCAUCCAGCUGUUCAGAGAGAUGCUGCUUGCAGAGAGGAAGCCAGAUCAAAUAACUCUCAUGGGAGUUCUGACAGCUUGCUCCUCCCUUGUGAUUCCCUUAAUUGGUAAGGAAAUUCAUGGCUAUGCUUUCCGUGCAGGGCUUGGCGGGGAGAGCCUCAUUGGAGGUGCACUUGUAAAUAUGUAUUCAAAAUGUGGUGCUCUAGAUUUAGCAAGGAGGGUGUUUGAUAUGAUUCUCUAUAAAGAUCAGGUUAUGUGUUCUGCUUUAGUUUCAGGGUAUGCCAAAUCUGGAUACAUUCGAGAAGCAUUCUCUGUUCUCCGUGGAAUGCUUGUGGAUGAUCUCCAGGUUGACUCGUAUACAUUUUCAUCUAUUCUUGGGUCUGAUGCUAUUUUGAAAAGGACUAACGUCGGAAUUCAAUUACAUUCUCUCAUCAUAAAAUUAGGUUUGGAGUCUGAUGUUUCUGUUGGUAGUUCACUGGUUACAAUGUACUCGAAAUGGGGAGUCGUCAAUGAUUGUCAUAAAGCUUUCGACCAGAUAAUAAGGCCUGACUUGAUUAGCUGGACAACUAUGAUAGUGAGUUGUGCACAACAUGGAAAAGGAGCAGAAGCUUUAAAACUUUAUGAAGCUAUGAAAAGUGAGGGCAUGAAACCUGAUUCUGUGACAUUUGUUGGAGUUUUAUCUGCUUGUAGUCAUGCUGGUUUGGUUGAAGAAGGAUAUUCUCAUCUGAGCUCCAUGUCCAAGGACUACAGUAUUGAACCUCACCUUCGUCAUUACGCAUGCAUGGUUGAUCUUCUUGGUCGCUCUGGAAGACUAAAAGAAGCAGAAAAUUUUAUUAAUAAUAUGCCUAUAAAGCCUGAUGCCUUGGUUUGGGGAACAUUGCUGGCUGCUUGCAAAGUUCAUGGCAAUGUUGAACUUGGAAGGUUAGCAGCGCAAAAAGUUAUUGAUUUGCUGCCAUCUGAUCCUGGGGCUUAUAUAUCCUUGUCAAACCUGUGUGCUGAUAUUGGGCAGUGGGAGGAAGUAGAGGAGAUUAGAGAUCUAAUGAAGGGAACUACAUUGAGCAAGGAACCUGGCUGGAGCCUUGUGUGAUUCACUGUUCAGGUCCUGCUAGUGCUCGACUUGAACCUAGCAGGUGAUCCUAAUUUGUUGCGAUCCUCUUCUGCUUUCUGCGUUCUUUCUGAUACCGCAUUUGAAGGCUUAAGAUUUGGAAGUACUCCAGGUCAAAGAGAAAUAUAUUUUGAAGUAGACAUCUAGGAGAUCAUAUUGAUGUCUAUGUUGAAAAAGCAUUCAAUCCCAUUGAAUCAAAAUGAUUAUCAGUUUGUCACUUUUUCAAAUUUGAUUCACUUUGAUGGCGAGUUGAUGGAAUGAUAGCAUAAGGCACUCAAGGACAAAAAUCGCUUAUGUCUGUAUGGUAACACUUUUGUGAAAUGGCUCAAACAUAGAAGGGUAAGUUUAACUUAGGACAGUAGGUUUCGGACUAGUUGCACAUUUUGAACCUGUUGGUUUGAUUUGAUAUAGCUACAACCUCUAUAUUCUGCUAUCAUAAUGUUCUCUUGCAAGAUGUUUGGGUCCUAACAGCUGUUCUCAUGAGAACACUUCAGUGACAGUAUAUUUAAGGUCCAGAUACAAAAUGAUCAAUAAUCCUGUAGACAGAAAUCUGAGUUAUCUUUUUCUGUCAGCGGAGGCGGAAUGUUAUUGAGUGGUGCCUAUCUGAUACUGUUAGAUGCCAAGGCUGUUAGCUCCAGAUUUUUUCUGUAUAUUGCUGUUUACAGCAGCAACUAACUCGAGUAUGGAAGUUCCUUCAGAAAUUUAUUUGUAUAUGUUCUUGAAUCCCUGCUUUAAGAGAAGCAUAUAGAGGACUGUCAGCUGCUAUAUAGAGUGCUGAUCGGUUAUCUAGGUUACUUGAAUUGGCAUUUCCGCAUUUGACAGUCGAUUAAACAUUGCUCAACCAGCUUUAGAAGAGAUAGAAACUUGCUGCCUGAUCAAGAAAUUUUCCAGUUCUUGUUCAAAUGUAAUUAUUCCGAAACUCUGCAUUUUGAUUUAUUAAUUUUCUUUGUAAAUGAAUAGUUUGCUAGUACUGGUACUGGUAGAGAUUAUGCAAUCAUGGUGAAAGUAAGAGUAUACUAGAUGUGGUAGAGAUUAUAAA